AUGGUUGUCGCGGUGUUGAUUUCCGAGUAAGAGUGUUUAUUAUGCUUUCGCCCUCUUUAAUUCAAAUCUGAUUUAGGGGGCGCGGGUGGGGUGGGGGAUUGUUUGAGGAUGUAUUCAAGAAACUAGUCUAUGGUGCUUAUUGCGAUGGUAGUAAACCAUGUUCUUUAAAUAAACAUUGCUGCAGUUAGGGUUUAUCUCAAUUUUAGUUUCCUUUAAAAGCACAAAAAGUGUACGUCAUCACAUUUUAUUUAAAAAGUUAUGUGAGUAAAUUUAAAGUGGUAGCUUUGAUAACUAAAAUACUUAGUACAUCAAAAAGUAGUUUGUCCAAGGUCCCUAGAAGGUGAUCUUAAACUCCUAUAUCCCUAGAUAUAAGAGUUUAAGAUCACCUUCAGACGAAGCUACUGAACUGGAUGCAAGCAGACAGUUAUGGGAUUGCUUUAUUAGUCUUGCUUUAGUUCCAUUAGAUUGAAUAUAUUUGCAUACUCUGAGAAGGCUGAGUGGCUACUGAAGGGUAGGAGUAGGCAUUUCAGUAAAUAAACAAAACUGAAAUCUGUUUACGUGGGGAAAAAAUUGAUUGCAACAGGAUUCCCACAUGCAGGUUUUUUUGUAUAAAAAAUGUCAUACUGUAUUUCUUAAAUCUAGCAAGCUUAACAAUAGUUACGCUCAGAUGGUUCCGCUCCCAAUAUAUUCAAGAAAUUUGAUGGGUGGGUUGGAGAGCCACCUGUACUAGUCCUGCCUCCUGCUCUGAUUUGUCAGAUGGAUAUGCCAAGCCAUCUGCCCAAGAACCCUGUCUCAUGUGGGCUGAACAGAUAGAGGUGUUGUCUGAAUUCCCUAAAAUGAAAAGUAUAUGAAAAUGUAACACUCAGAAACUCGAGAGUUUCCAGUAACAGUUCAGUCAUCAAGAGAACAAGAAUGUUUUUGAAGGCAUGCUGAAUGUUAAUAAUGAAGGAAGCAGAUGCAUCUCAUCAGGGUGGACAUUCCAUUAGUGGGGAGCAACCCAUCCCCUUCUUAUCCGCUCCUAGGGUUGUCUGUUAAUAGUAAUAAUUAAAGGUGCUAGUACUAGCGCACAAAGCCUUAAAUGGCUUUGGACCAAAGUAUUUAAAGAAGCACCUCCUGCAAUAUCAACCAUUGUGGGCUUGACAAUGGCAGGUGGUGCCUUUGGUGGUGCCACCUUCUUGGCAUGGCCCAUGACAAGACUUUUUUCACACACAAGUCUAAACUACUUGCUUUUGUGAAGCUAAACCAGGCUUCCUCAACCUCAGCCCUCCAGAUGUUUUGAGACUACAGUUCCCAUCAUUCCUGACCACUAUACUACCCUGAACAUGCCUGAUCCUGAUAAGGAUCAUGGGAGUUGUAGGCCAAAAACAUCUGAAGGGCUGAGGUUGAGGAAGCCUGCGCAAAACAUCACCUGCAACUUUGCAAUGCAAUGCUAUUUGGAAGGGAAAUAAAAGCCAGCAAGCGUACAGGACAUGUAUUAGGCAAGACACACAUCAGACAUAACACCUUUGCUAAUGACUGUGAGCAACCAGAAUCUGAUACAAAUGAAUAACUUGCUUGGAUUUUGUGAAACAGAAAAAGUGGAACAAAUGAAAAUAAAAACCAGAAACCCAAGAGGCAACGAUUUAUGCUUUAAGAGAUAAAAACAUCUAUAUAUUUCCCUUCAUUUCUUGGUCUUCUUACUGCUUAAAAAUAAAGUCAAAGGAUAAACAACAAAAUCAAAAUUCCAUACAGUUGCUGCUGUACCAGAUUUUACAGUGGAAUAUUUCAUAUACUUGCAGAAAUAAUUUGCUUAAUAAAAGUUAUCCAUAGCUGGAACAAUUUGAAACUCCCCCCCCCUUUGAAUCAUAUGUACAUGAGCCACAUUCCUGUUCUCUACACACAAACACACGUACACGUAUGUGUGCAGUUCCUGCUCUUCCCCAAGUCUCCACCACACAAGUUACUAGUGUUUUUAUAAAUAUCCUGCAGGCCUAUAGGUGAGUAGUUGCUGAUGUUCACGUUAAAGGCAUAGAAGUGCCCAGUCUACAACUAUACUACCCUAAACAUGCCUGAUCUCUGAUAUCAGAACCUCAGCAGGGAGAAUGGCCUAUCUUGGAAAUUGUGGCCUAAAUUGUGAGAGAGUAGGAUUAUAUGGAACUAUAGGAUCUGCUGUGCAUUUUGUCCUUGCAAGUAUGCAAAGAUUCUGCUUUCAGAAAUAAGUUGUGUUGAUUUUAAUGUAGAAAUACUAUACUAGCAAUAAAGACAUGGAAGCCAGUGUGGUGUAAAUUACAGAGUCAGAUCUGGGUUCAAAUCCCUACUCAGCAAUGAAGCUCACCACUCCUCUCAGCCUCCUCUAACUCAUAAAAGGGACAACCUGGUAGACUAUUCUGAACUCUUUAAAGGAAAAAUGGGAUAAUAGAAAAAUAAUACUCUUUUAAAAGAUACCUCAUCGUUUUCUCUUUCAGGUUCAGGGUCCUCAGGAUAAAGGUUAACCUACCAUCAACAUUUUGUUCAGAUAUUAAGAAAAAAAUCCUUCAUUGUUCAUGGUACAGUCUUAAUAUUUCUUUUUUGCAUUUCCUUAAUUUUCUGCUUCAGUAAAUUAUUUUAGUCAUUAGGUAAUUGCCUAUACAGUCUUACCUUGGUUUUCGAACAACCUAGUUCUCGAACAUAUUUUCUCCUGAACAAUCAAAACCCGGAAGUGACUUUUCCAAUUUUUGAGGUUAUUUUGGAAGCCGAACGUUUAACAGGGCACCGUUUGGCUGUAGGAGCUUCCUGCAGCCAAUCAGAAGCACGCUUUGGAAGUCGAACACUUUGAAGUCAAUUGGACUUCCAGAAUGGAUUCCGUUCGACUUCCAAGGUAUGACCGUACAAGUUUGCCAGUGAAAUGAUGGGGCAUAUUUGGGAAGAGUCAAGAGAAGGGAGGACCAUUUCCUCUUUGCCUCUCCUCUCCCUCACUUCAUACCUUUUGUCUUCCUCUCCCGUUCUCAGCACUUUCUACUCCUCCUGCUUCAGCUCUUGCCCUUCAAACUCAGAUUUGUUGUUGCUGCCUUCCAAACAUAGUUGGAAGGAAGGAUUUAUAUGUUUGGCCGCACUGCUGAGCAUUGUGUUGGGAUGCAACCUUUCAUUAUCCCAGAUGAUGUUCAAUCUAGACCAGUGGACAACUUGCAGGCAAGCCGGAAAUCCUAAAGUAUUUAUGACUGUGGUCCACAGUUCACUUGCCCACUUUCUUAGAGAAGAAUGGCACCUGUGAUGCUUAUACAAUAAUAGGUAGAUCAGCUUUGUGUCUACAGUGGUACCUCAGGUUAAGUACUUAAUUCGUUCUGGAGGUCCGUUCUUAACCUGAAGCUGUUAUUAACCUGAAGCACCACUAGCUAAUGGCGCCUCCUGCUGCUGCCGUGCCGCUGGAGCACGAUUUCUGUUCUCAUCCUGAAGCAAAGUUCUUAACCCGAGGUACUAUUUCUGGGUUGGUGGAGUCUGUAACCUGAAGCAUAUGUAACGUAAAGCGUAUGUAACCCGAGGUACCACUGUAUUGAGAUUUUUAAAGGUUAUUAAUUGCUUGAAAUGUUGUUGAGCAAAUCUGAGUUAUAAAGUUCAGAUCUAAUACUACAUUUCUCAAAAUGUCUUUUGUUUUGUCAGAGUAGCUUACAAAUAAAUAUUUUCAUAAUUUUUCUGCAGGAGUUUUUCCUCAGUAUGUCUGAAACCAUUAAAUAUAAUGACGACGAUCACAAAACUGUAUUUCUGAAAACAUUAAAUGAGCAGCGAUUGGAAGGAGAAUUUUGUGACAUCGCUAUUGUUGUUGAAGACGUGAAAUUCAGGGCCCACAGGUGUGUGCUUGCUGCUUGUAGUACCUAUUUUAAAAAGCUUUUCAAAAAACUGGAAGUUGACAGCUCAUCAGUAAUAGAGAUUGAUUUCCUUCGGUCAGAUAUAUUUGAGGAAGUGCUAAAUUAUAUGUACACAGCCAAGAUUUCAGUUAAAAAAGAAGACGUUAAUUUAAUGAUGUCGUCUGGUCAGAUUCUUGGGAUUAGAUUUUUGGACAAACUCUGUUCUCAGAAACGUGAUGUUUCUAGUCCGGAAGAUAAUUCGCAAUCAAAAAAUAAGUACUGUCUUAAAAUAAACAGAUCAAUGGGUGAAUCCAAUGAUAAUCAAGACGAUGAGGUUGAAGAAAUUGGAGAUCAUGAUGAUAGCCCAUCAGAUAUGACAAUGGAAGGAACCCCUCCCAGUCAAGAAGAUGGCAAGUCACCAACUGCAACUCUGAGAGUUCAGGAAGCAAUUCUGAAAGAGCUGGGCAGUGAAGAGGUUCGAAAAGUGAACUGCUACGGUCAGGAAGUAGAGUCCAUAGACACUGCCGAAACAAAAGAACUAGGAUCUCAAACUCCUCAAGCUCUAGCAUUCAACGAUGGCAUCAGUGAAGUCAAGGAUGAACAGACGCCAGCAUGGACAACAGCAGCUGGCGACAUGAAAUUUGAAUAUUUGCUUUAUGGUCACAGAGAGCAGAUUGCAUGUCAGGCAUGUGGCAAAACAUUUUCAGACGAAGCACGAUUGAGAAAACAUGAAAAACUUCAUACUGCGGAUAGACCCUUUGUUUGUGAAAUGUGCACUAAAGGCUUUACCACCCAAGCCCAUUUGAAAGAGCAUCUAAAGAUCCACACAGGCUAUAAGCCAUAUAGCUGUGAAGUAUGUGGGAAGUCUUUCAUUCGUGCUCCAGACCUAAAGAAGCACGAGAGGGUUCACAGUAACGAACGGCCGUUUGCCUGCCACAUGUGCGACAAAGCUUUCAAGCACAAGUCUCACCUGAAAGACCACGAAAGAAGACACAGAGGGGAAAAGCCUUUUGUCUGUGGUUCUUGUACUAAAGCAUUUGCCAAAGCAUCUGAUUUAAAGAGACAUGAAAACAAUAUGCACAGCGAAAGGAAACAAGUAACCACAACCAGUGCUCUCCAAAGUGAAACAGAACAAUUACAGGCAGCAGCUAUGGCUGCAGAGGCAGAACAACAGCUGGAAACUAUAGCUUGUAGUUAAAAGCAGAAGAAUCCACAAGUUGAAAAAUGUUUGGUCUGAUAACUCACCAUUGGAAAAAGUAUUUUUAAAGGGAUUUUGAGAGUAGAAAUAUAGUUUGAAAUUUGCAGCAAAGAACUACCCUAUCAGUGACGUUAAACAUGGGAGAAGGCUUUGAUUUAGGCAACGGUCCAGGCAUAAAUAAAAAACAGAGUCAGACUCUAGCCAGUAUUUUACUCCUCUUAAAACUCUGGGUUUCAUUGCAUGUCUAGUAAACUCUACGCAUGUGGAAUGGAAGGCCUUACACUCCAGUGCACAGGGAAAUUACACUAAAAUAUGUCAAUUUAAACUAUUUAUGUUCCAUUGAUUUCAGUUGCUUUGGCAUCCCAAUCAUAAGUAUGCUUCCUGUGAUCAAGGGAAUCUCUAAAUACCUUAGAGAUUGUCCAUUCAGGAUGGUGACAAGUGACAGGAAAAGCUGCUGAACCAACCAAAAUGUAUGCCCAUUAGGGCUUCACUGGAUUGCAGCUGUUAAUGUGGAAGUAAGCCUCAUGGAUUUCAGUGGAAAUUUGUUCCAUGUAAGUAUGUCACUCCAAGUCUUUUAGUUCCAAGGGCCUGAAGAUUGGGCUAUUAAUGAGUAUUUGAACAGUUUAAAUAAAUAAUGUCUGGUACAACAGUUUUUUUUACUUUGAAAUUAUGAAUUACAAUGAAUGCAAAAAAUCAUUUUAAAAUAAGAAAUGUAUUGUUGUCCCUCUAACCAAAACUCAUGAAGGUAUGACUUUAGUCUUUAUAUAAUAGCUCUUUGCAGUUGUCUGUUAAUCCACUGUGAUGGUCACUACAAGUUUUUAAUGUAGCUGUGUGGGCAUCUGAACACUGGGAAUUAUCUUGUUUCUUCAGCUGGUGAGUUGGUGUAUCCCAAGGUCAUUAGAACCACUCUCUGUCUUGCAGAUGUUUUUCCUCCCUGGCCCGCCUUACCUAUGUGCCUGCAUUUUGCUUUGCUAUUCCUGUCUUCAGCUCAAGACAAAAAUAACAGUUGUCUUUGUCUUAUUUUAGGAGGCUUUGUCUUAUUCUGUUAGGGAGCCUAGCCCUAAGAAAAUGGAAAUGGCAGGGAACAGCUGUUGCACUGCUGCUUACAGUUGGAAAGGUGCAAAUACCACUUGACAAACUCAGGUUCCUUUACCGGGGUUUUCUGGUCUCCAUGCCAUUGUCCAAGAAUGCACAGAUCCAUCAUCAUGCUCUUCCAUCAGCAUGAUUUAUUCCAGUGCAGAGUUAAAAGGAGCCAAGGCAUAUUGUUACAGGGAAGAAAAGAAGUAGAGAAAAGCAGUAGAGGAAGGCAGUGUCACUCUGCUACAGUCAGCUGUAGUAAAUCCUUGCUUUCUUUCAAGGUUUUUUUACUGUUCUUAAAUGAUUGAUAAUUAGGUAUAGCUUGAAGAUCUGAAGCAAAUGGUUCAGAACAUCAGGCAGUUGGGUUGAAGCUUACUAUAGGAUAGCUUUAAAGACUCUACAACCUAGUUUUCAGUAGACUAUGCCUCUUCACACUGGGUUGCAGUUCACAAUGAUGCUCUUCUACACAAAUUGCUUCAGUGGAAAAUUAGACACCAAGAAGAAAGAUUAUAGCCUAGUCUUCUCCAGAAGAUUGUAGUUUUCCUUAUGGGGAGCAUUCAUUUGAGCUUGACUUGCAGUCUGUAAAGUGUAUAGCCCAACACUUUGGUAAGAACUAGGCCUACUUGAGCAGCCUUUUCAUGAAACUUGGAGGAACUGGGAUGAUGGGAAUGUGAUUAGGAAAGGAUAGAGAUAAUGACAACACGUAUCAAUAUUCCUUAAGGGAUUUAGAGUUACACAGCUGCAUUUUGUUAUGAUUUCAUACCAUAUUCCCUGCUCAGUAACUAAGCAUUCCACUAGUCUUGCAGUGCAAUCCUAUGUGUGUUUACUCCGAAAAUCCACUGAAUUCAGUGGAGAUCACCCGUAGCUAGUGUGUAUAGAUUUGUAGCCUUUGGCUGCGUUACAGUUAGCUGUGAUAUUUAGUGUUUGAGAUUUACAUCCCAAUCCUAAGCAUUUCUGUUUGGAAAGCAAUCUAAGUUCAGCUAGGCUUAAUGUUUAGUUAGGCUUAUUUGCUAUGAAGUGUGCUUCGGUUUGCAGCUUAGUGUCAGAGCUUAGGUUCAGUUACGCCGCUUUAAAAAAUCAUCAGCUUUUUGGAACAGGUCCUGUCUAUCUCUUCCAGAGAUGUCUAGCGCGAGAUGCUUUCAGGGAAUUGAUAGGAAAUGUAUGAUCUUGGGAUCAUUUUGAGUAGAAAAAAAUUUUAAGCUUGUGAAGUGAUUUCAAUACUUCCUUAGCCUGCCUGCCCUGAAUUAAUGAACCAGUUUUAUUUGAAAUACAAACUUACCAUUCAGAUAUGCUUUAAGAUGUCUCAGUGAUUACAAUUGCAUUUGUAAUGAACUGUAGGAUGGGAUUUCCAUGCAGUAAGAGAAGGCUGAAGUCCGUUCAAGUCUUUAAAGAAAUUUCCCCACACAUUUUUAACAUACUUCUAUUAUCAAGGUUAAAUUUUAAUUAACAUUGGACAAAAAAAUGUUUAUAACAUUGGGUUAGAAUUAGUUAUUAGAAUAUGUAUUUAUAAAUUAUUGUGUGUCAAAUCACCUAUUGCAUUUCUAAAUAGUAAUUAAGACUAACAUUUUUAAGUAUUAGAAUAAAAUUGCAUCUAACUGUUGAUCUUUGUUACAAUGUUGUGAAUCAUUCAAUGAAUAGACAAGUUUAAGUUAAAUUUAAAAUGCCAACCGUUUGAAAAUUGUCUUGUAAAUAAAACACAAAUAUUUUAGAAUACAUAAUGUAAUGUGUCUAUACAUUUUACAGCAUUCUUAUUUUAUUUUACUUUUCGAUAUAUUGGUUUUAGAAUGUCUGAUAUGCAACUUCAGUGAAUUUAUAUAACCUAAAACCAAUUUGCUUAUAAGAUUCUUGGUUUAUAAGUCAGAGAGAGAUGACUAUAAGGAUCCAAUUUAUGUGCUUAACAAGUAGUGAACGAUGACUGGAGCACCUGCCUUAGUAUUUGAAAUGAAUUACUGUGGGUGACAUAAACAGAUUAACAUGACUUUAGUACUGAAACUAUCAUGCAUAUUGUUAAGUAACACACUCACUAGACAUGUACCCGCCAACAAUUUGCCAGCUAUGCCUCAUAAUUAUAUAACAAAAUGCAAAUAAAUAGCAUAAUAUCUUACCAUAUAAUAGAACUGUAAAGCUCUCUUCACACAGCAGUUGUCUGGCUGCCAGUAGACAUUCAUGGCAACUCCAGUAUGACACCAGCAGGCAGGCAAGCUGUGCAGGUUGCAGGCAUCACAGGCAAGCCCUUUAAGAGGAGUGGGAGGUGCUUGGCAAACUUCUGAAGCACCCUACUCUGUUAAACAUCACUGGAGCAGUGUUGAACGGCAGGGAUUGCUUCAGAGAGCAGUCUGCUCAACCCUUCUCUAAGGUCCCUCGCAUGCUCCUAAAGGGGAUGAUGGGGUAUUUUGGGGUGAGCUGUAAGGAGGGGUGGAGGUUUGAGCGAGCUGUGAGGGGAUAAGCAAGGCAAGGGGAUGGGUGAAAUGUAAAAUGUCUUCGGUUAUGUGUAAAGGGAGGAAGGGUUGGCCAGGUGAAGGGGUGUUAAUGGCUAGGCAGGUGUGCUGGUCCCGAGGGUUAACCAUGCAGCGAGGUCCAAGUCCAGUCCGAGGUCGAGGGUGCGGUAUGGAGGCUGUCCAUCAAAACUGAAGCGGGGUCCAAGGCAAGGAGUCGGGUGAGGUCAGGAACUCUGGCAGGAGAGCAGGACAGGGUGCAGGCAGGAACAGGCUACCAACAGUGUUGCUCCCGCAACCUGGGACUGGGGCUGGCUGGCUUUUAUCUGCCCCGAGGCAUAGGGCGGCCCCGGUCCAGAGGUGACUCCCCUCUCCUGGCCUGGAGGCAAGCACUCCUCCUGUGGGAACUUCGUUCCCUCCGCCUCUCUUCCCUGAGCCUCUGCAACUCAGGAGAGGCUGGAGGGUUACCGGACCCAGAGGCAACCUCAUCUUCCCCUGACGGGGCUGAGAGUGGAGCACCUGCAGGCAAUGGGUCCUCCAUCACCUCAGGAGCCAGAGCAGACUCAGCUGGUGCCUGCACCUGAGGAUCCAGCACAGGUGAGGACCCUUCAGGCUCAAGCGCCAGCCCUGGCUCAGCUGGUUCUGGAGGCAGGGACUCCUGUGCAGGCUGGGAUUCCUCAGGUUCAGCCUCUGAGUCCAAAUCCCAGGCCAUCACACCGGGGUUGGGAAGCAGGUAGCAGCCCCUUGUAUGCAUGUAUUUGUAGAAAGACUAAGAAUGAUAUACAUACAAUCCAACGUGUACAUUUCUGUUAAAAGCAUGUCUCCUUUUAAACAUGCUAAUGCAAGCAUGAGAUCUACUAGUAUUCAUAUUUAUUUGUUCAAAAUGCCAGGAGACAUUCUAGCUUCAGGAUUUUGAGAAUGUUUAGCCUCAAUACGAUAAUGACUUAUGUCACAUUUCCCACUGAUACACUAUAAUUAUUACAGUUUUGAUUGCUUUCUCAUGGACCAUUCAGUAUUUGGCCAUGGCUAUAUUUCCACCACAGUAGCGAUUUAUAGGUUAUUAAGAUUUGUAGGUUGUUACACCCAGAAGCUUGUUGAUUUCAGUAUUAAUGCAGAUGCUUAAAAGGUGGCGACAUUUCUAGAGGCUCAUGUUCUGGAAAAGAAAUGAAAGGUUUGAGGUGGAAAAGGCACAGUGGGGAAGAACAGAAGACAGGAAAACAAUUAUGUUCACGUUUUGUGAAGCAGGCUGGCCCUUGGUUUUUUCUAUCCAUCCUUCUGGUGUUCAGAAACUGAGUAAGCAUUUAUUGACGAGGUAAGUGGUAAGAAAAAAAAAUACCUGACUGAUGAUAAAAGGAGCAGGAUAAGUUUUUUUAAAAAAUAAAAAGUGGUAAAGUGGCACACUGCAACGCAGUAAAUUCAAUUCUUAGUAUAGUUGAGUACAUUUUGAUUGGACUGGUCUUUGAGCAAGUGUUCUCAUCUCUGUGAUGUAAACACCAUUCCUAACCCUGCCUUCUCCUUUCCUGAAUAAAAAUGUAUGCCCUUAAUGGCUAGAAAUGUGAUUUUAAAAGAAACGGACUGACUCUCAGGCUGCAGAAGUUAGUGUUAAGGUAACCAGCCUGAGAUGGCAUGGAAAAAACCAGAUCAUACACCUUCUGGAAUUUUUGGCCACAUAAGCAAAUUCAGUUGAAAGUCAAAUGACAGUUGUGCCACUGUUGUGACCUCUUCGUUACCCACACAUGCCUUGUUCGUUAUCUUUUGUACACUUUGGCAAGAGAAAUACAAGUAAGCCAUAACUGAGACAUGCUCUCACACACAAAACCCUUCAAGGAGUACUUUGUUUAAAACAUCAAGAUCAACAACAAAAUGCUUUGUAGACAUUUGUGGCAGGAAGCCCAGUUGGGAGGUGGUUGGGAGUUUUGGAUGACAAAAGUGUUCUAAAGGAGAAGAAGAAGAUUGCAGAGAAACAAUGAAAUAUUUGUCUUCAAAAUGGGAGCAGUAGUGCAGAUCCCUGUGUCUGGAUUAAUUUUUUGAAGAAUAGGAAUUGAGGUAGAUAGCGACAAAGAGAUUAAAUGUCGGAGGCAGUAUGCCUCUGGAUACCAAUUGCUGAGAUUCACAAGUAGGGACGGUGCUGCUUUGCAGUGUUCUGUUUGUUCUCAGAAGCAUCUGAUUGGCCACUGAGAACAUGAUGAUGAGCUAGAUGGGCCUUUGACCUGAGCCAAUAGGGCUCGUCUUACAUUCUUAGACAUUUGUGCUAUCAUUUAGGGAGUCCAGGUGGCAUUAUUUUAAUUUAUUAGAUUUUAAUAUCUUGAAUGUAACCCUGAAUCAUUGGGAUGGGACAAAAUAUGGUAGUUUCCUUGCUGGUCAUUGGACCAGCUUCAAUUAUUUAUUGCAGUCAUUGGAUGACAUUGGAUCUGUUUAUAUAUAUUUAUAAAAGUAUGCAACUUUGCCAUAACCUAAUGUUAGAUGUCAUUCAUAACGGAGUCUAUUUCAGUGAACAUUGAUCUGGUACCAGAAAUCCUAGCAUGAACACAACUUAGAACACCUAUUAGUUCUGAAAAUAAAUAUCAUUUCUAUAAAUAAACAGUAUAUUGAAUCCCUUGGCCUUCUUAUUUUGCGAUUUUUGUCCUUCAGGAAAGAGGCUGUGACUUUAACAAACAAAUGAAGCCUUUCCUCUCAGAAUAUUUGGAACAACCCACAUAAACUUUGUUUUAUUUUUUGCAUCACAGCAAAUUGGGCAUCAUAAUCAGAAAUUAUACAACAGGAUAUGCUUACCAAAAGCUGCAUUUUGAGGGCCAAGAAGUGUUGAAGGAGUUGAAGGAGAACUCAGGGGCCCAAUAGUUCAGGCACAAUGGUGAGCAGGGAUGGCCCAUUUUGGCACUUGAGGUGCACUCCCCAAAGCCCCCCCCCCCAACCAGGGAAGAAAGGAUGAGGGACGAUCUACACCAAGAACAGCCUGGGGUGGGGGUGGGGAGAGAAGGAUUGACAGCAGGCUACUGCCUCAGCCAGUCUCACAUCAUCUUGCCUCAUGGGUGGGUCGGCCUUAAUGGUGAGAAUGAAGUUAAAGAUCAUGAUGAAGGUGAACAGUUAGACGCCAAAACUAGAAGAUACCAAACUGGCCUGUGGACCGCCAGUGCCACACGAACUUCAUUCAGGCUGGAAAAGCAGAAAGAGCCUUGGCUUAUAUUUCUACUUGAAUCCAAGGCUAUGACUAUGGGAGAAGCAGAACCUUCUUGGGGUGUUAAUCCUGUGAACCCUUUCAUCAUAGGUUCAGGUUGUAUAUAUCUGUAAAUUAACCACAUAUCAUAAAGACACCACAGUCUCCGCUGUGUAAGUGCCUUAUCUUGAGUGAGUACUCAGAACUCCUGGAAUGUUGCACUGCUUGAAGAUUGGGGUGGCAUGCAACACUGUGUGUUAAGCAGAAAUCAACCAUGGCACUCGCUUGCUCGCUCUCCCUUUGGAGCCUGCAGCUUUUUCCUCUACAUCACAACACAGCAAACUCUGCCCUCAAGACUCAGGCUUUGUCUAAGAGCUGGAGGAUGCCCCCCAGCCAUAUGUCAUCUGGCACAGAGUCCCCUCUCCUUUGCUCUCUUAAUGGCUCAUCACCCAGGCAGAACCCAGGAGGCUAGCCUGGCUUGAUUAGCUUUUAUUGAAUCCAGGAAUUUAGAGGGGUCUGGCACCCCCAAGCCCAUAACAGUAUAUUUGUUUUUCCUGUAUGCCGAAAGUGGCAUAUGCAAUAACCAGCUCAAGUGAUGAGACGUUUUCAGAAGUCACUCUUGCUUCUGUUAAGUCGUGAUCAUCUGGCAAUACUAAGACUACACUGGGAUAAAAAGAUACCAGCGAAAAUAUUUUCUGCAUCGUAUUCCCACCCGCCAGCUCCAGUGUCAAGCGGCUGUUUUCUGUUCUCUUGAAGCUGCCUACAGUGGACGGACCCAGGAAAGAUCUACAGCUAAUUACGAUAUUUUAUUUUAUUUUUUGCGGUGGUGGACCUGCAUGAGAUGCUAAGCUGCAACGUCCCGAAAACUCCACAGAGCCUGCUUAACAAGGGGCUUUUAAGCUUACCCUUGCAAAAUACCCCGUAAAUGUCAGGCUUGCUGCAUCCAGCGCUGAGGUUGACAAGAAGAGUUAAUUAGGAGCAAUUAGUUUAUCCUCCUGCCGAGAGCCUCUGCGCUUCCCUUUCCCCCUCCCCUGCUGCUGCUGCUGCUGCUGCAGAGUCCAGCAUUGCUGUGCGUACAGCAGACGAAGGAAUGAGAUAUGAGCUGAGUCCCGGUCUCUCUUUCCCCCUCCCCUCUCCUCCUCUUCUUCCUCCUCCUUUCCAGAGCGGUGCAUUGUGGAGGUAAUCGCCGAGGAAGCACCGCGCCGUUGACUCCGCUGUCCUACUCUGGGAGCUGUCCAAGGUGCUACUUCUCCUGGGAGUCCUUGCGCAGCGCACGCUCUGGUGCUUCUCGCUCGACCGGCUCCCGCCUUUCCCCCCUUCUAUCCACGUCCUCUCAGUAUACUGUUCCCUUGGCAGGAAGAGACCAUGGUGUUUGCUCCAGGUAACGUAUUUACUUCAUCUCUCUCUCUCUCUCUCUCUCUCUCUCUCUCUCUCUCUCUCACACACACACACACACACACACACACUCAUUCACUCCCUUAGAUCGUUGCACGGUGGGCCUUUUCUGCUCUCCUUGAGAAGCAGGGGCGGAGCUCUUCCUCAAACAUACGUACGUACAUGCCUGCAUGCGUGCCUGCACACAUACACACGCGCGCACCUCCACCCAAAUGCAGAUCGGGACUGUUGAUAUGCUGUCCCGACAGGCAUGCGGGCAGAAACGCCGCAGAGGACCAUCCGGAGCUAUUGUUGAGUCAGUUUUGUUUGGGACCAGAUGAAAUAAAGUUAUUCUUCUUCGUCCCAACAGCUCUGGGCCAAAGAAAACUGCGGGGAAGCAUACGGGAGGGGUCUGAGUUAGUGGGAGGCUGAUAAAUGGAAAGACUGUUCUUCAGCAGGAAAACAGGGCUGUGCCUGUGUGUAAAAAAGUGUUUACUAGCUGUUUGUCCUUAUAGGUGUCUUUCUCUCCCUUUCUCUGAAUCAUAAGGUCACAUGGUGGUUAGACAUAAGGAAUUCUUUCCCUAGUUUGAAAGUUUCUCCAAAUCAUGUUUGUUUGUUUGUUUGUUUGUUUGUUUGUUUGUUUAGUUAUUUAGAGAGAGGAGAAAAAUUAUCUCUAGCAAAAGCUGGUUCUAAAUUCACCUUAAAAAAUAAUAAUCCCCAAGCAGAUCUUGUUAUUCAUUCUCAUUUAUUUAUUUACUGCAUUAUCUCCCACUUCUGCACUUAAGCAGGAAGAACCAGAUGCACAAAUAUAGGAUGGGGGACACCUGGCUUACUAGCAGUACAUGUGAAAAGGAUCAUGGGGUCUUGGUGGACCACAAGCUUAACAUGAGUCAACAGUGUGAUACAGCAUCAAAAAAACCCUAAUUCUAUCCUAGGCUGCAUCAACAGAAGUAUAGUGUCCAGAUCAAGGGAAGUAAUAGUACCACUCUAUUCUGCCUUAGUCAGACCACACUUGGAAUACUGUGCCCAAUUCUGGGCACCACAAUUUAAGAUGAAUGUUGACAAGCUGGAACAUGUGCAGAAGAGGACAACCAAGAUGAUCAAGAGUCUGGCAGCUAAGCCUCAUGAGGAGCGUUUGAAGGAGCUGGGUAUGUUUAGCCUGGAAAAGAGGAGAUAUGAUAGCCAUGUUCAAAUAUUUUAAGGGCUGUCACAUGGAGGAGGAAGCAGGCUUGUUUCUUCCUGCUCUGGAGGGUAGGACUCAACUCAAUGGCUUCAAGUUGCAAGAAAGGAGAUUCUGAAUAACCAUUCGGAAAAACUUUCUGACAGUAAGAGCUGUUUAGCAGUGCAACAUACUCCCACGAAAGGUGGUGGACUCUCCUUCCUUGGAGAUUUUCAAGCAGAGGUUGGAUGGCCAUCUGUCAUGAUGCUUUAGCUGAUAUUCCCGCAUUGCAGGGGUUGGACUAGAUGACCGUUGGGUUCCCUUCCAACUCUAUGAUUCUAUGAUUCCUUCCAAACAGCUCAAAGUAGCAUUCUUGGGCUGCAGUCCGAACUCCAUUUACUUGGGAGAAAUUUCAGCUGAACUCUGCGGACUUACUUUUGAGUAGACAUAAUUAGGAUUGCACUGUUAGGGAACCCCCCAUUUUCUCUUCACAGAAAUGUUGUUGUUGUUUAGUCGUUUACUCGUUUAGUCAUGUCCAACUCUUCAUGACCCCAUAGACCAGAGCACGCCAGGCACUUCUGUCUUCCACUGCCUCCCACAGUUUGGUCAAACUCAUGCUGGUAGCUUCGAGAACACUGUCCAACCAUCUCGUCCUCUGUCUUCCCCUUCUCCUUGUGCCCUCAAUCUUUCCCAACAUCAGGGUCUUUUAAUUACUGGUCCCAAGGUCCUCAAGGAGCUUCAUGGCUGCAUGGGGAUUUGACUCAGCUCUUUCCCAGCCUGGUAUUCUAACCACUACAGCUCACAGCUUGAAAUCCUAUACACAUUCUUCUAGGUGUAAGUCUCAUUAAACACAACGAGACUUACUUCUGAGUAGAUAUGCAUAAAAUUGUGCUGCUAUGGUCCAGUCUGAAUUCCUAUGUUCUCUUCCCUCUGUCCACAGUCCUCAAGUCACUAAUUCUGGAGUUAAGCCCAUUAGGGUGCGAAAUCGAUUUUGAAGAAUGUAGUUUAAGGAACAAUAAGAUAAUUGCAAACAGGAUUAUUAAAAGGUCUGUUUUAAUCAAGAAACUCCUAUGUUUUCAACAACAUGGUUACUCAGGUGUAAAUGUGACUGAAUUCAAUGGGACUUACUCUCAAGUAAGUGUGUUUAGGAUUGAAGAUUUAUUCUUGCUCUCUGGGUGAAGAUUUCUUUGGCAGGAGAAUCACUAUUCAUUGAAAUAAAUUCUGAUUUGUUUACUUGGGUACUUAAGAUUUUUAUAAAUUGCCCUUCCUUAAAAGGAGCUUUGGGUAAUGUACGACAAACAAAUAAACUUUAUAACAAAAUAGUAAAACAUUAAAAAGAAAUAUUAAUAACUCAUUAAAAUUCAUUAACAUGUAGAGCAGAUUUAGGCCUAUAAGCUUCAACCAGGUAAUAUCUAUUCUCUUUCGGAGCUGUGCGGCAAUAUCCAGAUUAAGUAAAAUUAAGUUCGAACUGAAAUCAAUGGGGCAAGUUAGUCUUGGUGUAAGUCACAUUGAUUUCUUGAAAACCACUGUGAUAUAUGUUAUAUAAUAACCAAUUUCAGGUAAGUAAUUAGCACUCAUGCCCUACAAAGGUACAAGCUUACACAGCGUUUUGCAUGAGAAAUCAUUUAGUGAAAUAAUUUAUUAUUAGUAUAGAUAUAGAUAUAUUUGAUCCCUCAGCCCCAGUCAUCUAUGUAUAAAAUGACACGUUGUGCAAACAAAAACCAGUGCCACAACCACAAGUCAUUUUUUCAACUUUUUGGAUUUUCCUCAGACAUUUAUUAUUUUUUAAAAAGACUGCAGCCUAGGCCACAAUUGCUGCAUGUGCUACAAGAAUUCAAAGAAUGAGAUCCAUAAGGGAAUUCUAUUUAAAUGAAUGGGACUUACUUCCAAAUAAUGUAUUGGGACUAAAGUGAAACACCAACAAAAAGAGAUCAGUUUCUGACAAGUUAAAAUGUGUUUGUUUUUUUAAUUGCCCAGUGUGCUGAUUAUUUCCAAGACACAUUGGUAGACAUUUUUACCUGGGACAACUUUAUUUAACCCAACUAUCCUUUGCUGCCAGCAGCACCCUCCAGAGUCACUACACCUCUUCUAAUUACCCUUUAUCUAAGAGCACAGAUGGCCCACAUCAUUAUUCACAGCCUGUUUUUGAGGCAAACACAUGAGGCUGGAGAACAGCAGCCAGAGAUUAUAAUUACAAUAAAGACAACAACACUAUUUCCAGUGGCUGAUAAGUUGAUAAUAAAUGUGCCAUUUGUGAGUAUUGUGUCAGAAGGAACAGGCUCUCCACACUCACAGGCCAAUGUUUGCUUAAUGUAAUGAUUCUCUUUCAGCUUGCUCUUGCAGGAAGGAUAUUUAGUAAUUCCCAAAUGUUUGUUCCCUUUCAUAUGAUGAGUGUCAUUUUUAAAUAGCCUUCUUUAUUUGUUAUAUUAUCUGUGAAGUUAGAAAGCAGACACUGCCACUUGCCAGGAUGAGAAAUCUCAAGAAAUAUGGGUACAAUCUAGGAAAUUUAAGAAAAUUAAAUUUCCAAUUAAAAUCAAUGUAGGCUGGUCUAUUACAACAAAUGGAGCACUGCCUCGCCAACCUUGGCCCACCCUCAGGCAGCCUAUACCUAUUUGCUGUCUUACUUAUAACAACCAGUCCAUUGGUUGGCCCUGGCUGCCAGCUUCCUCCUCCAUAGUCUCAGUGUUGUCCUUGUAGAACUAGCAAGGAGGACCUGCUGUUGGCUCUGGCUCCACCUACUGUUGUCCUCCCUGGCUUCCACCAUAUGAGUCUCAGUGGACAGCAGCCACCACUAAUUAAAAUACCGUAUUUUUUGCUCUAUAAGACUCACUUUUUCCCUCCUAAAAAGUAAGGGGAAAUGUGUGUGCGUCUUAUGGAGCGAAUGCAGGCUGUGCAGCUAUCACAGAAGCCAGAAUAGCAAGAGGGAUUGCUGCUUCCGCUGCGCGGUGAUCCCUCUUGUUGUUCUGGCUUCUGAGAUUCAGAAUAUUUUUUUUCUUGUUUUCCUCCUCCAAAAACUAGGUGCGUCUUGUGGUCUGGUGCGUCUUGUAGAGCGAAAAAUACGGUAAUUGCAAAGGGUUUGUGCUAUGGGAGCUUGUUCAUGAGUACAGAUUGUGAUGCACAGCCAAACAACUCUGGACUUGCUUUAGCAAGGGGGCAGAUGUGUCACAGGCAUGGCUAUAUAACAGACCACUCUCUUGGAGAAAGGAAUCUUGUUUUGAAAUAUAGGGUGGCUCAGUUUUAGGUUGUAUAUAUGUAUGCAUAUAUUAUUAUUAUUAUUAUUAUUAUUAUUAUUAUUAUUAUUAUUAAGAUUUUAUUUAUAUGCCGCACUCCCCAGCCAAAGCUGGGCUCAGAGAGGCUAACAACAGUAAAAGUAACACAUAAUAUGAAUUAAACUCAUAUUCUCUUCUUUCCUGGUCAGGAGAUAAAUGUGGAAAUGAACAAGAAGAGGCAAAGCUGCAGAACGUGAGCAAGCAGAUUGUCCACACAGUCAUUCAGCAGGCUGUCCAGCAGCUCUCCCAGGAGAGCCAGCAAAAGGAGAAGGCGAGGCAUGGCAGUGGGAGCCUGCAGCUGGAGAGAGGGCAACUAACCAAGAAGCAUGAGAAGAAGUAA